AUGGCGGGCUUGGGGUGGGGGGGGGGGCUGGCUGGCGGGGGGGGGGUGGCGGGCCGGGAGGGGGGGGGCGGGCUGGGGGAGGGCUUUGGGGUCGGGGGGGGGCUGGAGGGGGGCUGGGGCUCUGGCGGGGGCUGGCCCGGGGGGGGACUUGGGGGGGGUGGGGGGGGGGGGGCUCCGGUCCGGGGGGGGGGGGCUGAGGGGGGGGGGGCUUGGCGGCGGCUUGGGGGGGCGGGGGGGGGGGGGGCUUUCGGGGGGGCGGGGGGGGGCUUGGGGGGGGGGGGGGGGGGGGGGGGCGGGGGGGGGGGGGCUCGGGCGGGGGGCGGGGGCUGGGCUGGGCUGGGCUUGGGGGGGGGGGGGAGGGGGGGGGUUAGGGGGGGGGGGUGGGUGGGGGGCGGUGGCUGGGGGGGCGGGGGGCGGGGGGGGGCUUGGGGGGGGAGCUUGGGGGGCCUGCGGGGCUGGGGUCUGGGCUUCCUGCGGGGCUGGGCCCUUGGCGGGGGGGGGGCCGGGACUUGGCGGCGGAGGGCGGCUGGGGGGGGGAGGGGGCUUUUUGUACUUGAUGCGAAUGCCUCCCAACAGUAUGCAUCCUACUCCAAUAUUAAUAUUGUUGAUCCUGACUAUUUCGUUGACGCUCCUGACGCCAGUCAACAUCAACACCUUACAUCCGUGCAGUCAAUCUCACAGCACUAG